AUGGCGGCCGUGGCGGCUCCGCGGGCCCCUCCGGCCGCGCCGCUGCUCGAGGCGCUCUCGGCGCUCUCGGCGCUGCCCCCGCACCGCCGCGCCAUCCCGGGGCUCGUCCGGGGCCUCCGCGACAGCGCCGGGACCCAGGCUGCCCUCGGGGGUCUCCUCAGCGUCACCAGCGCCCGCCUGGGCUCCAUGAAGACGCGGUUCGAGGGGCUGUGCCUCCUGUCCCUCCUGGUCAGCGAGAGCCCGACCGAGGCCUUCCAGCAGCACUGCCUGGGCUGGCUGCGGCUGCUGCAGCACCUCCUGCAGUCGCAGGACCCCCCCCCCACGGUGGCCCUGGGGGUGUCGGUGCUGCGGGAGCUGCUCCGGUUCUCGGCUCAGCUGCCGGAGCUGGCGCGGGACAUCGGCACCAACCACAUCCCGGGGAUCCUCACCUCCCUGCUGGCCCUGCGCCCCGAGUGCGAGCUCUCCACCCUGGAGGGGAUCCAGUCCUGCCUGCAGUUCUACCCCGGCGCCUGCGGCUCCAUGAGGGGCAAGCUGGCCGCGCAUUUCCUGUCCCGCAUCGACAGCGACAGCCCCCGGCUGCAGCAGCUGGCCUGUGAGUGCUACGCCCUGCUGCCCUCCCUGGGCCGGGGGUUCUCGCAGGGGCUGCGGCACACGGAGUGCUGGCACCAGCAGCUGCAGGGGGUGCUGGCCACGCUGCACGGGCUCCUGGGGGCUCUGUUCGAGGGGUGUGAGACAGAUCCCCUCCCCUACGAGGGCCCUGGUGUCCCCCUGCUGCUGCCCCCUCCCCAGGACGGCGACUCCGGGGAUUUCCUGACGCUGCACUCGAGGUUCUCGGGGCUCUGCCGGGUGCUCCGCCUGCUGCUCAGUAAGGAUUUCGUGGCCCCAGUGACCGUCCCAGUUCAGGACAUUCUGGAUCUCGUUUGCCGCGCCCUCAACGUCACCACCAAGAACCUGAGCUGGUUCGGGGAGGGGCCCCUGCGGGGGCUGGUCCUGCCCCAGCUGCACCUGGACGUGCUGGACGUGCUGGGGGCGCUGGUGCUGGCCUGUGGCCCCCGCCUGGUGCGCUGGGGGUCCCUCCUGUGCCGCCUCUUCCCGCAGGUUCUGAGCUCCUGGAGCUGCCCCAGGGACCCCCCGGCGGGGCAGGAGAGACCCUACGGGGCUGUCAGGACCCGUCUGUACCAGGUGCUGGAGCUCUGGGUCCAGGUUUCUGGGGCAGCCUCGGGGGUCCUGCAGACCCCUGGCCCCCCCAGUGAGGCUCUGCUGGCUCAGCUGCUCUGUGACAUCUCCCCCCCCAGCGAGGGGGCCAAGCUGCGCCCGGAGCCCAAACCCAGCGCCCCCAAGAGACCCAAACUGGGGGAGGGGCCUGAGGGGCCCCCCCUGCACAGGAAAGGGGAGCCCACAGCAAACAGUGACACCUGUGCUGCUGCUUUAUCAGCUCUGCGCAGGAUCCUCCUGACCGGGGGGCCCCUGAUCAAGGAGGAGACUCACAGGGUGAGGGGGGGAAUUUGGCAGGAGCUGCUGCUGCCGCUGGCGCUGCGCCUGCCCCUCCCCCCGCUGCCCCCCGAGUUUUUGGGGUCCCCGUUCGGGAGCGGGAGGUGCCGGGGGGGGCUCUACGGGGUCCUGCAGGCCCUGCUGCUGGGGACCCCCCCUGGGGCGGCCCCCCCCCUCAGCUGUGCCAUCAGGGCCUUCACACAGGGGCAGAGGGACCCUGACGUGCAGGUCUCCUCUCUCUGCUCCGAGUUCCUGGUGGUCGCCAACGCGCUGGCCCGACCCUGGGUGCCCCCCCUGGGCUCCCCUCCCCCACCCCCCGCCCCUCCCCCACCCCCGGACCCUUCCCUGCGGCCCCUCCCCCCUCCCAACCCCGAGCCCGCCCCUCCCCCGCCCUCGCCUGGGGGGGUGGGGGUCCCGGGUGGGGGAGGGGCGCGGCCCCGGCGCCCCGUGUUCGUUCACUACGACAAGGAGGAGGCGUCGGACGUGGAGAUCUCGCUCGAGAGCGACUCGGACGAUUCCGUGGUGAUCGUGCCCAAAAAGCCGCCCCUCCCCCACCCCGCCCCUCCCCCACCACCCCCCCCACCAGCAGCGCUGCCUCCCCCUCCCCCACCCCCCGUUCCCCCCGCCCCUCCCCCCGAGCUCGAGGCCGCCCCCAAAUCCCCUCCCCCACCGACCCCGACCCCUCCCCCACCCAAGGCCGGGCCCAGCCCCGACCCCUCCCCCCCCGCCCCUCCCCCACCGCUGCAGGAGGAGCCCCCCGAGAACCCCCCGGAAAAGGAGGAGGAGCAGGACGAGACCACCUCCAUGUUGGCCGAUUUCAUCGACUGCCCCCCCGACGACGAGAAAACCCCCGAGACCCCCCUGUGACCCCCCAAAAAAAACCCCAAAUUUCGGGGAAUUCCCCCCAAUAAACAUCGCCCCCUCCCCAAACGCAAAGCGCGCCUGGUCCUCCGCGCCGCCAGGGGGUGCCACGUGCUUCCGG